UUCGCGAGUCAGUCACCCACGGGCAGUGCUCAACGCCGACCGCUGACGCAGCGAGACGCCACGCUCCGCGAAGCGAUCGCGGGAAAACUUGGCGCUAUGGCGGGAAAAAUAUUUUCCCGAUUUCGUUAACAUCUUUGUGUAAUUAGAUUGAAAUGUAACAUGAUAAACAUUUUAUGUGUAAUUUGUGAUCAAUUGGACAUCAUGAAAGUAACAGAUUUAAAAACUUGGCAUUGGCAAUUGUGUUUGUUCCUAUUGGUGUUAAAUACUUCACAUGGAGAAAAGUUCACUCUGGGCUACUUGACUGGAUCCCAGCGAAGGCCGGGAGACUACAGCUAUUCAAGACCAGGCCGGGUCAUAUCUGGUGCCAUAUCGAUGGCGGUGGACGAAGUGAACGAGAUGCUGUUGGGGCCAAUGGGACAUUCCUUAGACUUUGUCGUCGCAGAAACUCACGGCCAAGAAGAAGUCUCCAUAAAACAGGUGGCGGCGCUAUGGGCAACUAACGUGUCAGCGUUCAUCGGGCCUCAAGAGACCUGCGUGCACGAGGGUCGGAUGGCGGCCGCUUUCAACCUGCCCAUGGUCAGCUAUUACUGCCGCGACGUGGCCAGCUCCAACAAGCGCGUGUACGCAACAUUCGCGCGCACGCGCCCCUCGGACAUCGAUAUCUCAAGAUCUGUGGUCGCCGUGCUCACCAAUUUCAAUUUCAUGCAUAUAGCCGUAGUCUACCUCAAGGCGCCUAAUCACGAUUUCUCUCGCCUCGCCCUCGCUAUAAUCGCAGCAGCUGCUGAAAAACAAAUUUCUGUGAGAAAAGUGAAAGUUUACAGGCAACCCUAUUAUUACGAGGACACACGGGAAAAUUUCACUCGCAACCCUUUUAUUGACAUCGUUCGAGAAACUUACAAAGAUACUAGAAUUUACGUAACGGUGGGAUACUACCAUGACCACAUUGGCCUUAUGUUGGCUUUGGAUGCCAUGCAACUAUUAGAUUCUGGUGAGUACAUGGCCAUCGGUGUCGAUGUGGAGCAGUACGAGUCUAAUGAAGCAGUUCGGUACCUAUCAGGUCCUCUUCGAAAGGAACCCAUCUCCAGGACGUUGAGAGCCUUCCGCUCGUAUAUGGCGGUGGCUCCCUCUCCUUCUCCCUCUUACCCAACCUUUGCCAAAGAAGUGAACAGAAGACUCGAGAUGCCGCCAUUCAACUUCUCCAAUCCUUUGCACGCUUUCGGAGGUGGAAAAGUGAUCCCGGUCGAAGCUGCAUGGCUACAUGACGCAGUGUGGGUGUAUGCCCGGGCGCUGGCGGCGGUGCUCAGGAGGGGCGAGAGCCCGCGAGAUGGGCGAGCUAUAGCUGCCUACAUGAGGAACAAUACUUACCGCAGCAUUAUGGGGUACUGGGUUCAUAUGGAUGAGAACGGUGAUGCAGAAGGCAACUACACGCUGCUGUCCAUGGAUCCCUCGCAGCCGCCCGGCCUAUACCCGCUCGCUGUGCUGCACAAGUCUUCUCCGGAAGUAAGGUUCCUGCGCGAACAGAAAUGGCCCGGAGGAAAGAUCCCAGUGUCGGAACCUCCGUGCGGGUUCCGGGGCGAAAAGUGUGUCAGCCACGUGGGUGCAUGGGCACUGGGUGCCUCUGGCGGCACAUUAGCGCUCCUAGCCCUGGCCGCACUAGCGCUGUACCGCGGCUGGCGCUACGAGCAGGAGCUGGACUCGCUGCUCUGGAAGAUCGACUUCCGAGAUCUGCAGCUGCCCGAGGACGAGCACCACGCCAAACUGAAUAGCAGUGUGGGAGCCAACGUGAACUCCUCGUCAAACGCCAUAGGUCCCUGCGAGAAAAGUGGAGGCGGGAGCACGGGCGGCGUGCGCUCCAGCCAGGUGUCCCUGAGCUCCAACCCCGACCUGGACUUCCGGUACUCGGCCAUAUUCACUGAGGUCGCCUUCUACCGCGGAAGACUCCUCGCCGUCAAGCGAGUGCGAAGACUUCAUAUUGACAUCAGCAGGGAAAUCAAGAAAGAGCUCAAAAUCAUGAGAGACUUGCAGCACGACAACGUGAAUGGCUUCGUGGGCGCCUGCAUCGAGCCUCCCAACGUGUGCGCGCUCUCCGAGUAUUGCACCAGGGGUAGUCUCAAGGAUAUAUUAGAAAAUGAUGACAUCAAACUGGACAACAUGUUCUUAGCGUCUCUAGUCGGUGAUAUCAUUCGAGGCAUGAUAUUCAUCCACGAGUCGCCGCUGCAGUACCACGGCGCCCUGCGGCCCUCCAACUGCCUAGUGGACGCGCGCUGGGUGGUCAAACUAGCGGACUUCGGACUCCGGGAGUUCCGCAGGGGGGAGCUGCCACCCUCCGAACCCAACGCUCUGAGAUCUCAUGUAGAAAGUUUAACAUACUUAGCACCCGAGCUGCUCCGCUCAGCUGGGUGGGGCAAAGAUGCAUUUCCAGACCCAAAGGAGCACCUGGACGGAUCUCCAGCGGCAGACGUUUAUGCAUUUGCAUUGGUCCUCUACGAGCUGCAUUGUCGCAAGGGACCAUUUGGACCAGACGCGCCGCUCACGCCAACGCUGUUGCGGCGGCUGGCGACGCCCGAACCAGUCCCUUACAGACCACCAUUAGAGCCUUUAUCAGGACGUUUUGAUUGUGUUCGAGACUGUUGCAACGAUUGUUGGGCCGAGGACCCCACCACGCGACCCGACUUCAAAGCUAUUCGUACUAAAUUGCGACCUCUACGAAAAGGAAUGAAGCCAAAUAUCUUUGACAACAUGAUAGCUAUGUUGGAGAAAUACGCGAAUAAUUUGGAAGUUCUUGUAGAUGAAAGGACGGAUCAACUACAGGAGGAGAAAAAGAAGACUGAGGCUCUGCUGGAGGAGAUGCUGCCCGCUCCGGUCGCCGAUCAGCUGAAACGGGGGCGCCGCGUGCUGCCAGAGAGCUAUGACUCUGUCACCAUCUACUUUAGCGACAUCGUGGGCUUCACCGCCAUGUCAGCGGAAAGUACACCGCUGCAGGUUGUAGAUUUCCUCAACGACCUAUACACGUGCUUUGACUCAAUUCUGGAGAAUUUUGACGUGUAUAAAGUCGAAACUAUCGGUGACGCAUAUAUGGUGGUGUCAGGGUUGCCGAUCCGCAACGGCAUCGUGCACGCAGGCGAAGUGGCGUCCAUGGCGCUGGCGUUGCUGGCGGCCACGCGCGCUUUCCGCGUGCGGCACCGGCCCGACCAGCGGCUGCUGCUGCGCGUGGGCAUACACUCCGGUCCAGUAUGUGCGGGAGUGGUGGGCCUGAAAAUGCCAAGGUAUUGUCUAUUUGGAGACACAGUGAACACAGCUAGCAGAUUCGAAUCUACUGGAGCACCUCUCAAGAUCCACUGCAGCGCGGCGUGCAAAGCGCUGCUGGACCAACUCGGGGGGUAUAUUCUGGAGGAGCGCGGAAUAGUUUCAAUGAAGGGCAAACGCGACCAGAUGACCUACUGGCUGAAGGGUGAGGAGGCGGGGGCGGCGGCGGCGCGGGCGGCGCGGCGCGAGGUGCGGGACGAGCCCGCCCCGCUGCCCGACCGCCGCGGGCAGAGGAGCUCCUUGAAAACCAGGAAUUGGAAGAAUCAAGCCGGUGGCUUGCACAGGUGUUGCAGUUUAGAAUCUCCAAAGCGAUUAAGAUUCGCUUCGGGCAGUCAUUUGGAAUCCCAUACAGAUAGUGUUUUACAUCAUCGAAGUGACGAGUAUCUAAUGGAGGUGGUGGGAGAAGGUCGCCUAGCAGCCACGUCGCGCGGAGACCUGCUGGAAGCCCCGCAGCUGCGGCACGAGUACACCAGCGUGUCGUGCCCCAUCAUAGAGAGCUCCGAGAGCGCCGCCCCCGCGCCCCCAGCGCCCCCAGCGUCCCCCGCCGGCCAGGCCUGCGCCAGCGACCGCUGCGAUAUCAAACUCGUCCUCAACGGAUACGAGGACGGAGCCGGUAUUCCGCUACUCGCCGACGCAUGAGCGCCAGUACUUACCUCCCCUUACGUCCCUAAACUAGUCAAUGAUCUGUUAACGCGAAAGUGAUUUUUUCCCAUGACAUUGUUCCUCGACAGUGUUUCGUCAACCUAGCAUUAUGUGAUCUGUGUCAGUAUUAUUAAGAGACCUUUAUCGAUAGAAAUUAUUUAAUAACAUUAAACUCUUAUUUCACAAUUCA